GAGCCUGCAGAUCACACUGCUGGCAUAAAAGCAAUGGCGGCUAGUAGGAAGUAUUUCUUGAGUUUGUUUGGACGGAAUUUUCGCCAUGUUCUUUAUCAAUCUCGACACCCUCAUUUAAUGAGACCAAAUAUGCGCUUAUUAUCUGACAAAAUAAUCGACAGUUCAGACUCAGAGCCACCCAUACCAGUGUACAAAUCGCCUCAAAACGAACCGGUGGAUCGCAAACGAGCAAGAUUACUCUACCAAAGCAGGUACACAUAUAUAAAACUACUGAAAUUCAAAUGGUGCACUUGAUCAAACAAAUUCAAAUGGAUUUAGAUAAAAGUAAGUUAAAUUCAUUUUACAUCUGCUCCAGGAAGCGUGGAAUGCUGGAAAAUGGACUCCUGUUG